AUGGGGAAGGCCACCAAAAAGUCGCAGGAUCCUCGUACAGAUGUGAGCCCAUCAACCUCCGGUACCGUGACCCAAAAGCCCAAGAGUCGCCGCAAGCCCAAAACUCCCAGCAAGAAGAAUGGUGGUGAGAUCAGCUUCUGCUUCAGAAACCCCAAUAAGGUCCGUAAGACUAUCAAGAAGGGCAAGAAAACCCCGCCACCACGGGCCUUAAAAAGAAAGGCAUCUGAGAAAACUGCGAAAAAGACUAAAAAUGUCAUCCGGAAAGCAAUGUAUGGUCACUACCAAGACCUGGUGAAAGAACUAGCUCGCACUGAGACUGACCCAGACCACAGCAGCUUAGGGAGUUCCACUGCUUCAAUAACUGACAUGGAGAGUCAAUAG